AGCCUGUGAUUGGCUGAAGCUCAGCUACUUGUCACAAGAAUAUACUCUCAGUUGCAGUUUAUUUACAUACUAAGUUAGGUUGCAGUUCCCUACAUAGCAACUCAGAGUAGGGAGGAAAUUUUAGGCCAAAUUUAAUUUAAUUUAAAUUAUGUUGGAGCAUGACCAAAGUUGGUCAUGGCCAGAAGCUGAACACAGAUAUGGAAGCUAACACAAUAUCCAGUGGAGAGAGAUUGUGGUAGAGUACAUGGGGCGAAAUGGUUGAUUUCUGCAUGUUUGUUGGUGACGCCAUCAGGAUUUGCUGAAGAACCAAACGUGUGACAGGAAAGGACAACACAAGGAGCUGCCAGCUUUGGAAACCAGUUCUACUCUCAGUAUUACCUUAGCAAAAGAUAGAGCUUUAAAUUUCUAGAUUCCUCGUUCUUAUUAUCCCAGACUAUUUAACCAGAAUCUCCAGGGUCGUGGCCCUGGAAACAAUACGUUUAAAACGCCUCCCAAGGAUCCUUCUGCAGCCAACUCGACUUCGGCUAAGGAGUAGGCCAGCUCUGGGCUCACUUGGGUUGUUUACACGGAAGAACCCAUGCCCAGAGUAUAAAUUGGGAGAACAGCGCUGUGCAAAGAGCGUGGGUUGGUGAGCUACUGGAUGGUGAGAUUAAUCUCACUCUGAUCCCUAAAGUAGGGUGCAGUUUAAUACUCUAAAUGCCUCAAGUGGGUGGGGAACCAUGGAAGGAUUCCUGGAGGAGCCCGAUUUUAACGAAGCUUUUCUCAGGCCUUUGGUAGGAGGACAGAAACGAAGUCGAAUGAAAAAGACAGUGGAGUGGGACUGAGAAGUGACAACGGCCAACAAUAGACCUCUCUCUUUCAAGGCCUGUGUCCUUAAGACGCAGGCCAGAAGAAGCCACGACAAAGCGCAGGCGCGACUCCACGAGGGCCACGCCCCUCCUAGAGAAGGACCGACCCGUUUUCCGCCCGCAGCGGAGCUGGGGUUUCCGGAAGGACCUGAUUCUGGAAGGGACCAAACCGGAUAGAGGUCGCGCGCCCUCUUUCGUCUGCCUUCCGGUUCACUAAUACGCAAGUUCGCAGAAGGGCGGGAACGCGCCGUCCCUCUGGCAGGCGCAGUUGGCGGUCGGCGCUAUGGCGGGGCGGAACGUUUCUCGAGUCCGGGCGUUGUACAAGCGCGUUUUGCAGCUGCACCGUGUUCUGCCCCCGGACCUCAAAUCCCUGGGCGACCAGUACGUGAAAGACGAAUUUAGGAGACAUAAGACCGUUGGUUCUGACGAGGCCCAGCGUUUCUUGCAGGAGUGGGAGGUGUAUGCAACAGUGUUAUCGCAACAAGCUAAUGAAAACAGACAAAAUUCAACUGGAAAAGCAUGUUUUGGCACCUUCCUCCCAGAAGAAAAACUUAAUGACUUUCGUGAUGAACAAAUUGGACAGUUGCAGGAGCUGAUGCAAGAAGCCACAAAACCCAAUAGGCAAUUUAGUAUUUCUGAGUCUACGAAACCAAAAUUUUAGUCUAUACAACAAAGCUUAAUAAGACAUGCAAAAAUUUAGAACCCCUACUUUAACUGUCAUUGGUUUUUGAAAUAUAUUUAAGCUUUGAAAACACCUGUUAUUAAUGAAAUAUUCUUUUAUUUUGGAUAUUAUGAAUGCAAUAUAUGGAUCAAGAUCACUAGUGACAAUUGAAAAAACUAUUGGGAUAAUAGCACUUGUAUGAAAUUCAAUUUUGGAACUAAACAGGAAAUAAUGGAUCUAAAAUGGACAAAUUUCUAGAAUGUUGCUGAAAACGUUUUAAAAUGCUAUUCUCAUCCAGCCAUAUUAGCCUUCUGGCUUUUCUUUAGCUUCAUCAAAUAAGUAUGUUGUGAUAAUGAUAGACGUACAAUUCCAACAAGGUUAUUUUUUAAAUACAUUGUCAUUCUGAACAUUUUAUCCCUUCUACUUUAAUAAUACAUACAUGAUUUUUCUUCUGAAUGUCUCUUCUCCCUGCAUCACUGUUCAUUCACAAUGAAAGGUUAGGGAGACGCUUUAAAAUUCACUGUUUUACUAUCAUUUGUAUAAUAAACUAUACAAAAUAUAA